AUGGAUGUCGGGUACAGUCGUGAAUGCUGCAGACAGUCAAAUAUCGGCAGUCAGCCCAGCGCAAUUGGAGGUGGAAAUAACGAAUACAAAGAACAUACGGGCGCCGCGGAGUUCCUUCAAUGUCUCCCCACAGUACAAAGCGCAAAAGCUGGCUCCAAGCCUACCCCGCGUAACCGGCAUAAUCAGGCAUGGUCCAACGGGAACGUCGUGAUUGACGGAGUUUGUGUUUAUGUGGGAUUCCCUGGGAACUCGAUUACCCUGCAUCUCACCGACCAGACCCUACCAUCCACAUCACCACCCAACCAAAACCUUUUCUCUCCUGGACAUUCCAGCCUUUCCUCGAAGCAUCUUGGCGGCCUACGCUACGUGAAACCUCCGAAGCCUCUCUUCACUUUCCGAGGCAAUAUGGACGUCAAUCACCCACAAUCACCCUCCACUAUCACCGUCACGCCAAGGCCGUGGUGCUCGCUAAUCUCUCGUUUCUGGAAGCCUAUUGCAGCCCUAUCGUUAUCAGACAGCCACGGAUUCGCCAACCACUGUCACAUCGGGUGGGCCCGUUGGUUGAUCAGAACGCCAAUCUUUCGCUUAAUCAGAAGCACCGUGGGUGGCAAGUCGUAACCAAAAACGGGUGGUACACUAGUGUCCGAAACUCGCCGCUAAACACCGGUCUUAAUGAGUUAUUCGCCCGUCAUCUUUCACAAGCGUCGAAUGACCGUUGAAGGAAGCCGAAAGUCCGGGGAAGGUCUAAGAGCGAGACAAGGGGAGUUUAAGGUAUCUCUGGGGAAACACUGGCAAAUCUUGGAGAGCGGCUCGUUUGUGCUACGCGGGGCUGGCGAGCUGCAAUGAGAGACAAUCACAAAAGCAGCUACAGUGUCGUGAAUACUGGUAGUGAGCAAGGUCCCCCCAAUGUCUGUUGUUGGCCUCGGGAAAGCAGCCGGGAUGCAGCGUCAACCACCAGACCUUUAACAGCCUCGUUUUCUCGCUUCAGAUGGGGUCACCAUGUGCUGGUGUGCCGGGAAACGCCCACUUUUUCUCACC